AGAGGAACUGUUUUCUUUUUUGUUUUUAUAACAUUCUUAUCUAAGGAUCGAACUUUGUCGAUUGAACGAGUACGUGCACGCAGCUGUACCUCUCACUCAGGUGAGCUCUGCGGGGGCGCGCACGAAAGUGUACUUUUUAAAAGUCGGUAUAGCACCACUGUUUGAGGAAAUAGUUGAAAAUAAGUGUAACAUAGUGUAACAUAUCCGGCAUACAUUUCUGGUAACAAAACAAAACAAAACAAACAAAAAAAUCUAAUUUAAAUGGCAAUUAAAAUCUGAAGAGCAUGUAAAUUUACACCGUUAAAUUACUUCUGCGCACACAAGACGUACAUAAUGGAACAGGAUUUAAAUGUGUCUGUUCAAUUAAAUCAGGAGGAAGUGAAAGACUUUAAAACACUACGAGCCAGGUUCCAGAACAAUUCCGAUUUUCCAAAGAACAACCUCUGGAGCAGACCCCCUCCAGCAGUGAAACUAAAGCCUGUGAAUCUGCCUGAGAAGCGCCUUCCUCCUCCGCCAGUGAAGAAUACAGGAGAGGGUCUCUCUCCUAGGACAGUCUGUGAUGAAGUGAAUGAAACAGCUGGACCAGGCAGAAAGCAUGCACUGCCUGUACAAUCCAGCACUCUGCCCUCCACCAAGCCUCUACCAGAUAAAACCGUGUUAAAGUGUACGGGAGCCGACACAUUUAAAGCAGGGGUGGUGAGGGAGGAAGGAAAGGAUGAACAGUCCGCAGCAGACACCUUCAAGCACACUCGAAGGCUGUGGGAGAAUACCUUAUCCCAGCACAUGAAAAGGCCGGAUCUUGCUCAGCUGAACCAUGGUGGAGUAAAUAAGCCCUUCUCAAGACCCCACAGCACUGUGUGGGAAGCAGCGGGAAAUGGAUCAUCAUCGCCAACUGUGGCCAACGUGGAAAAGGCAUAUUGCCAAACUAGAGACUUUCCCCCUGCAAAAGAUCUUUCUAAAUGCCCUCCCCCUUUGCCUCGUAAAGAUCUCAUGGAGGGACGUUCCUGUCCAGUGAAGGAACAGACUGACAUCUCUAAAUGCCCUCCCCCUUUGCCUCGUAAAGAUUACAUGGAGGGACGUCCCUGUCCAGUGAAGGAACAGCCUGACAUCUCUAAAUGCCCUCCCACUUUGCCUCGUAAAGAUGUAAUGAAGGAACAUCCCUGUCCAGUGAAGGAACAGCCUGACAUCUCUAAAUGCCCUCCCCCUUUGCCUCGUAAAGAUCACAUGGAGGGUAGUCCCUGUCCAGUGAAGGAACAGGCAGAUUCCCCUUGGAAAGCCUUGGCGGUGUCUUUACCUGCUGACACCAAACCUGCAGAUCCAGACCUGGGCACUGACGGGUCACUUUAUGAGGAGCAGCCACCUGUCGUUCUGGAGUGUAACGAGGCUCAGCAACCAGGUGGUGAAUCCAGAGGCCACACUCCGAGGCGGAAAGCACUUCCCGAUGUGCAGUCGCUAGGGACACCACCAAAGAAACCAACAAGGCCUGCACACGUGGAUCUCAGCCAAUUCCGUAAGGCAACCAGAGCAACCAAAGCCCUGGGUGUCUCUUCAGAAAUGAUCACACCACCUUCCAGGGCAAAACCUCCUGAAGACUUUGAGAAGAAUUCACCUCCAAAUAAUGAUGCUGUGGAUCCUGGAAUUUAUGAGGACUAUGAAGGAGAUGCAUUGUAUCUAGAUGUAGAAAUAACUCGACUUGAAAAGGAUGCUGAAAACAUCACAACUACUGAAACUGGAAUCCAAGAUCAGGUCAAGAACUCAGCUGAAAAGAAAAGCUUCUUGUUUGAAAAAUGCAGCAGCAAUGAACAAGCAGUGAAAAAGAAAGAGAAGGAGGAAAGGCAACACCUCGAGAAGGAGAAGAAGAAACAGAAAGAAAAAGAAAAGAAAGAGAAUGAAAUCAAAAAAAGGUUUAAGAUUACCGGAUUGGAAGAGAUGAUCUACCGUGUGGAGGUGAAGGAGGAAAGUAAAGGAGGGAAGAAUGACCUGGCAGUAAAGCAGGGUGAUGUGGUGGACCUCAUCAGGACCACUAAAUGUCCUCCUGGCAAGUGGCUGGCGAAAGACUGUGACGGAAACUAUGGCUACAUCUCUGUAACAGCCCUGGAGAUGGAUUUUAAGGGAAUUCAUGAAAUUGGAAAGAGGGUAUCAACAGCAAUGGGGCUCCAUCCGUCUGACACAGAGGAAAUCGUUAAAGGAGACAGGUCAACACCCUUGUUCAAUUCUAUUUUAGAGACAUCAGAUGGCUUUGACGAUAUUUAUGAUGACGUUGAAACUGAACAAAAGGAUUCACAAGAGAAGUAUGAAAAGCCUAAAAAGUUGGCAAAUGUUUUUCUCAAAUAUAAAGAAUACAUUGAAAAGAAGAAAAUGGAGAAAGGGGGAUUUCCUGUGGAAGAAACUGAAAGAACUGAGGAAGGAAAAGAAAACGAUAUUUAUGAUGAUGCUGAGAUGGAAAAGAAGGACUUGCCAAGCAAUAAAGUGGUGAAUAUUUUCCACAAAAUUAAAGUAAACAAGGAAAAGAAGAAAGAAAAAGGUGAAACUGAAAGAGCUGAAGAAGGGCAAGGAAACCGAUAUACUGAUGUACCCUCACCCAACAGAGAAAGGACUGGAGGCUUGUUCAAAUUCAAAAAUCCCAAUGCAGAUGAAGAGAAGUCGAAGAAAAAUACAUUUUUCAAGAAUGAGAAGGAGUUCAGGCAGAAGUUUCAGUACACCAAGGAGAUCGAAGUUCAGAACACAGUGGUGGUGAACAGCGUUGUUGUGCAGAAUUCUCCCAGUGACCUCAAUCUCGCUAUCAAACCAGGAGAGCAGCUGGAUGUUAUCGACGUGACCAAGGAUGACAAGAUUAUUUGCAGGAAUAUGAGGGGCAAAUAUGGCUAUGUCUCUAUAGAAAAUAUUGCCUGCAGCUAGCAGUACUCAAGCCAAGAACCAAUGAAAAAUAUUCUGUUUCCAAACUUGACUAGCUCAUAUGGUGCAUGUGAUCUGUGCCAAAGACUAAAGCAGUUACUGCUGUAAUUAUGAUCUAAUGAGUAAUAAUGGUAAUUAUAAACAACAUUGUGUUACUGUUUUUUUUGUUUGUUUAAUAAUAGAUCCAAUCACAGCAUAGGUUACUAAGGACCAAAAGGACAUUUUCACACUGAGAAACCAACCAUCACAUUUAGAGGUUUUCUAGCAGUCUCAUAUAGAAUCGGUUCUGGCCCUGUGAGUGAAGUAGAAGAAGAACUGAAAACAGCCACAUUCAUUUUUAUAAUAAAUAUUUAUUAAAGUGCAAAUAAUCAUAAGAGCAACAUCACACAAAAAAAAAAAAACACCUAGAACCAGGACUCCGGGGAGGCAGCAGUGCAGUGGUACAGAAAA